GUUUUACGCACGUAAAGAGCUUUGACGCCAAUUCCAUAUCAGACAGAAACUGAGCAACUUCGGCGUUCUUUUUUCUAUAGGAUGUCGCGCCGCAAGCAAGCGAAACCAAGAUCACUGAAAGAAGACAAUGUGACGGAGGAGCUACACAGUCCAGGGCAGACUGCCAUUCCAAGCGAUUCCGAGUGCGCCCCCGAGAGGCCGGAGGAGGAUGCUGCGGCUGUGCGUCUGAGGCAGAGGCUGUGCUCUCCAGAGGAGGCUGAGGAGGGAGAAGAGGAGGACGACGCUCUGCACAGCUGCGACAGCUGCCGGCAGGUGUUCCCGUCGCUGAGCCAUCUCACCGAACACAAGAUUAAUCAAUGCCAGCUGACAGACGGCGCUGAUCUUGAGGAUGACCCAUCAUGUUCCUGGCCUGCAUCCUCGCCCUCCAGUAAGGACCAGACUUCUCCAGGACACUGCGAGGACUAUGAUUUUGGUGAAGAGGAGGGAGUGCCAGGCCUGCCGUACCCUUGCCAGUUUUGUGACAAAUCUUUCAGUCGCCUGAGCUUCCUCAAACGCCACGAGCAAAGCCACGGUGACAAGCUCCCAUUCAGCUGUACCUUCUGCAGCCGCCUCUUCAAGCACAAACGCAGCAGAGACAGACACGUCAAACUCCACACCGGUGACAAGAAGUACCACUGUGGUGAAUGUGACUCUGCCUUCUCUCGGAGCGACCACCUCAAAAUCCACAUGAAAACGCACGCCUCCAACAAACCCCACAAGUGCCCCGUGUGCCGGCGAGGGUUCCUAUCCUCCAGCUCGCUCCACGGACACAUGCAGGUCCAUGAGCGGGGUAAAGAUGGCCGCACGGAUGACUGGAAACUGAAAGAGACGCGGAAAUGUAGCCGGUGUGAAGAAGGUUUUGAUGUCCCGGAAGAGCUUCAGAGGCACAUCGCGGAGUGCCACCCAGAGUGCUCGCCGUCAGAGGAUGGGGGCCUUGGUGCCACUCUGCAGUGCAUCUACUGCCACGAACCCUUUAGCGACGAGGGCACCCUGCUCACCCACAUAGACCAGGCCCACAGCCGGGACAGGAAGGGCCAUACCUGCGCCAUCUGCUCCGAGCACUUUGAGUCUGUGGAAGACCUUUAUGCUCACAUGGACAUCCACCAGCUACCAGAGUCUAGCAAUCACAGCAACAGCCCGUCUUUGCUCACAGUGGGCUACACCUCAGUCUCUAGUACCACACCAGACUCUAAUCUCUCAGUAGACAGCUCAACGAUGGUGGAGACGGCACCCCCUGUCCCCAAAACAAGAGGCAGGAGGAAGCGAACAGCUCAAAACACAGAUCAUGGAGGUCGAUCUGCUAAACAACCCAAAGUAUCCUACAGCUGCAUCUAUUGCAACAAGCAAGUGUUCUCCAGCUUAGCAGUUCUUCAAAUCCACCUCCGGACCAUGCAUCUGGACAAACCUGAACAGGCUCACACUUGCCAGUUUUGUCUGGAAGUCCUGCCCUCGUUGUUGAAUCUCAACGAACAUCUAAAGCAGGUACAUAAUGCUGAGGACCAUGCUGCAUUGUUGGCUAGCUUACCUGAUGCCCUUCUUCAGUGCAACUUCUGCCCUGAGGUCCUGGGAGAUCUCAAUGCUCUCCAGGAACACAUCCGCUGCUCCCACGGCUUUCCCAGUCCUGUCGCAAAGGAGAGCAACGCCUUUUUCUGCCCACAGUGCUUCAUGGGCUUCUUAACCGAGGCCACUUUAGAGGAGCAUGUUCGUCAGACCCACUGCGAUGGCGGAAGCUUGAGAUUUGAUUCCCCGCUUGCUGUUACGCCCAAAGAACCCAUUGUUGAGGUCUACUCGUGCUCGUACUGCACCAAUUCUCCCAUAUUCAACAGUGUGCUCAAGCUGAACAAACACAUCAAGGAGAACCACAAGAACAUUCCUUUGGCACUCAAUUACAUCAACAAUGGGAAGAAGUCAUUGCGCACCCUCAGUCCGUCAUCUCCCAUAUCUGUGGAACAAGCCGCCAUCUUGAAGCAGAGUAGCUCCUCACGUGCCAACAGCAGUGAAUUUAUAUGUAAUCAAUGUGGAGCCAAGUACAACAACCUAGAUCUAUUCCAGACCCACCUCAAAACGCACCUUGAUGGUCUACAACCUCAACUCACCUGCCCGCAGUGCAACAAAGAGUUCCCCAACCAGGAGUCUCUGCUAAAGCAUGUGACCAUUCACUUUACGAUUACCUCCACGUAUUACAUCUGUGAGAGCUGUGAUAAGCAGUUCACAUCAGUGGACGACCUGCAGAAGCACCUCCUAGACAUGCACACUUUUGUCUUCUUUCGUUGCACGCUCUGCCAGGAAGUGUUUGACUCCAAGGUCUCCACCCAGUUGCAUUUGGCAGUCAAGCACAGCAAUGAGAAGAAGGUGUACCGCUGCACCUCCUGUAACUGGGACUUCAGGCACGAGACAGACCUCCAGCUCCAUGUCAAACACAGCCAUCUGGAGAACCAGGGCCGCGCGCACCGAUGUAUAUUCUGUGGAGAAUCCUUUGGAACGGAAGUCGAGCUGCAGUGUCACAUCACCACUCACAGCAAGAAAUAUAACUGCCGCUUCUGCAGUAAGGCCUUCCAUGCCAUUGUCCUUUUGGAGAAACAUCUCCGGGAGAAGCAUUGCGUGUUUGAGGGGAAGGCGCAGAACUGUGGCGCUAAUGGUUCUGCUCUGAGCGGUGGGGAGACCCAGCCGAAGGAAGAUGCAGAAUUACAAGGUCUUUUGACAAACAGCCACGGGACAACUGCAGUGGGGGCAUCCGUUGUGGAAUCACCAAAUAACCAUGAUGGCAGUGAAGAGGAGGUGGACACAGCCGAGCCGAUGUAUGGUUGUGAUAUCUGUGGUGCGUCUUACACCAUGGAGUCACUCCUCACAAACCAUCAGUUAAGGGACCACAACAUCCGUCCUGGUGAGAGUGCCAUGAUGAAACGGAAAGCAGAGAUGAUCAAGGGUAAUCACAAGUGUAAUGUCUGCUCCCGCACGUUCUUCUCUGAGGCUGGGCUAAGGGAGCACAUGCAAACUCAUCUUGGACCAGUCAAACAUUACAUGUGUCCCAUCUGUGGUGAGCGUUUCCCCUCGCUGCUCACCCUCACGGAGCACAAAGUCACUCACAGCAAGAGCCUGGACACAGGGAGCUGUCGCAUUUGUAAGAUGCCUCUGCAGAGUGAGGAGGACUUCUUAGAGCACUGCCAGAUGCACCCCGACCUGAGGAACUCCCUGACAGGUUUCCGCUGUGUGGUUUGCAUGCAGACAGUCACCUCAACAUUGGAGCUGAAAAUCCAUGGUACUUUCCACAUGCAAAAAACAGGCACCAUGACAAGCAAUCACCCCGUUGGCCGCACCAACGCUGUCUCCCACAACCAGCAGGUGCACCAUAGCCAAAAACCUUUUAAGUGUGCUUCCUGUCUGAAAGAUUUCCGUUCCAAACAGGACUUAGUGAAGCUGGACAUCAACGGACUGCCUUAUGGACUCUGUGCCUCAUGUGUGACAGCCGCUGGGUCCAAAAGCUCCAGUCCAACAGUGAAUGGGGGAAGGCAACCUCCACAGCAGGGAGGUGCUACUACUCCUGCAGUCACAGCUGCCUGGAUCCAAGGAGAACGCCUGAGUCCUGCUGAAGGCAAAGGCAAAGUGGCCUCUUCAGCCUCUUCAUCCUCAUCCUCCUCCUCCUCAUCUGCAGGGAAGACACGGUGCUCCAGCUGCAACGUGAAGUUUGAGUGUGAGGCUGAGCUGCAGAACCAUGUGCAGACUGUGCACCGCGAGCAGGCUGGGGACAGCAACAGUGGACACCUCAAGACCCCACAAGUGUCCCCCAUGCCCAGGACCAGCCCGUCACAAACGGAGGAGAAGAAGACCUACCAGUGCAUCAAAUGUCAGAUGGUGUUCUACAGUGAAUGGGACAUCCAGGUUCACGUGGCCAACCACAUGCUGGCUGAAAAUGCUUGGCCCCACUGGAUGAUGUCAUCAGGUGGUGAUCCAGAAAAGGAGGGCCUGAAUCAUGAGUGUAAACUGUGCAGCCAGUCGUUUGAUUCUCCGGCCAAGCUCCAGUGCCACCUGAUCGAGCACAGCUUUGAGGGCAUGGGCGGGACCUUCAAGUGCCCGGUCUGCUUCACAGUGUUCGUCCAAGCCAACAAGCUGCAGCAGCAUAUUUUCUCCGCACAUGGCCAAGAGGACAAGAUCUACGACUGCUCGCAAUGCCCCCAAAAGUUCUUCUUUCAGACAGAGCUACAGAACCACACGUUGACUCAGCACAGCAGCAGCAGCUAACAUGGCCGACACCAACGCCUGGCCCGGAUCGAGGUCACGUGACAUCAGACAACAUCAUGUGACCACCUGUUACAGUUAGUGCAUCUUCUCCCACUGACUUCACUCCAACUGAACCAGGAACACAAUCUGUAUCUGUGGACAAGGGGAGGCUGGACUUUAACCCUCCUUACUGACAAUUGUUUGGAAAAAUCAAUUCUCUUUGUAUAUAAAAAUCCUUCAUGUGUUGCUUACCAGUUAUAUCGCAAUCUUAAAACAGUAUUUGCAAUUGUACAGAACGAAAAAAAUGUUUGUAUAAAAAAAAAGAAAAACGGUUGGGGUUAAGAAGGCACUUUUCCAGCCUAUCUGCGGACGACGUCAUUCUGCAAGUACGGUCAAUCAAUAGAAACCAGAGGACCAGUGGUGCAAAUAAUCUGCAAUGGAGUUGAAAAAAUAAAAGAACAUAAAACGCGAGGAGAGAAAGCAGGACAGGAUGCUGAUAUAUGCAAAAGCAGUGACACACAUUUGGAAAACUGGCUAGCGAUCAGAGAGCCAUGAUGAAGCUCCCAUGUGGAUUCCGCUAAUUCAACCUGUACAUUUCUGUUGUUAAUGUUUACUGCUCGUCCAAGCCUGGAGAUUACUGGAAUAUUUCUAUGUUUUUGUUUCUUUCUCUCUUUUUUUUAAAGGAUUUUCAUUUUGGGGGGUCAUGAAGUUUAAACACAGCUAGCCUCUCAAGCUGGAUGCCACCUUGGCACAACUCUUCGUAUCCAUUCUGUUAUAUUGGUAAUGUUUUGAGAUGCACUUUUGUAUUAUGAUGUUUUUGGACAUUUUCAUUGACGCAGUUUACAGGACAAAUCAACAUCUCCUGGCGCAAAAGGACGUUUAUCUCUGAUGUUAUUAAAAUGUAUUGUACAAAUAUGGAGUUCUGUAUUUGGCAGACCUCGUUUUUUGUGUUGCACAUGUGAUGAAAAUAUUAAAAACUGUAUGAAUACUUAC